AUGUCGCCUCUUCAUGGAAAAGAUCCUCUGGAAGGACUGGGCGAUGAAGGAGAAAACUUUUAUAUCUUAGAAAACCAAGUAUUUGCCGAACCUAUAAAAGCUAAUGAGACUUGUUCAGAAAUAGAGACAAUAGAUAACAAUUUCAUUUUCUUGGAUAAAAUUACUGUAGAGAGAAGAGUUGGUCGGAGAAACAAGUAUCAUAUAGAUAUCGAGGAUACCACAAGACCGAAAUGUCCAGAGAGCGCAUGUCUAAAAGAGUUCCCCUCGGUGAAUCUUCUACGAACCCACAUUCGUAGAGUGCACUGUGCUGAAAAUAACUUUGUAUGCGAUCAAUGCGGGGCUCGGUUCUCAGCUCGAUAUCUUUUAGCGAGGCACAUUAUGGUGCACCAAGAGAAAGUUGAAUGUCCCAUAUGCUUCAAAAGGCUAAGCAAGCGAACUAGGUAA